GGAAAAUUUUCACUCAGAACGUGAGGAACGGCCGCACAGCAAAGGCCAUGAGCCACCAGGAUGAGCAUGGAUAUACCAGAAACCGUGUCCCUGCGCAAGUUCCGCGACUUCUCGGCGCGCCAGAAGCAGGAGCUCUACGAGACGCUCCUCGAGUUGGCCGAGUCCAUCGAGGAGCUGCCCAAGAAGUCGCUGAGGAAGACCCUGGAGCUCACCCUGGCCGUGCUGGAGUACAAGGGCGAGCAGGUGCAGCGGCUGCAGGAUCAGAGUGGCGCCGCAGGAACCUCUGACCGCCGCCUGCAGGACGAGAAUGAGAAGCUGAAGCGAAUGCUGCAGAAGCUGGAGGACGAACGCGAUGGCCUGAAAAGCAAGUCAAAGGAGUUAGGGGAGGAAAUCCGACAGCUGGAGUUGCGCUUGAGGGAGGCAGCCCAGCAGGCGGAGGCCAGCGACAAGGACUCGUCGGAUCCCUUGUCCGAGUUGGACAAGCAGGAGCAGCUACUCCAGAAUAUCGACUCCAAGAAUAAACACAUCAAGAGACUGCUCAAGGAAAUUGAAACGCUCCAAAACCAAAACAUUGCCCAAUCCAAGACCAUAGUCCUCCACGAACGAGAACUGCAGAACAUCAAGGCCAAUCUCGUGCAGCUCAGCCAGGACAUUACCAAAGUGGAGCAAGAGCGGAAGUUGCUGAAGCAAAAGGAGCAGCAACAGGGCCUGGAGAUCACUAGACUGGAGGGCAAUGUGACCUUCUUGGAGGUGGAACGCGAGAAACAGGAGCUGGAAAUGCGGCAGUUCCUGGACAAAUACGAGACCAAGUCCCUGAGUUGGAGGCAGGCGCUCGAGGAUCGGGACAAGGAGGUGGAUCGUCUCAGGAAACAGCUGGAGGGCAAGAGCAUCAGCUCAGUCCUGACCACUUCGUCCAGCAGUCACAGUCAACAGGAUGAAGAGCAUAUAAAACUGAGACAUCUCCUGGAAUCUCGGGAGCAGCACAUCGAGAAGCUGGAGUUAAGGCUCAAGUCGAUGGCGGAGGAGAUAGUUAACUCCACCAAGGUGAUGAACCAGUUGAGCCUCGAAAAGGAGCGAUACCAGGAUCCCGAGCAGCCGCGUCCCUGCUGCCAGAUGAUGGAGGAGCGCCUCCGAGUAGCCAGUGCCCGCAAUCAGGAGCUGUCUUCGAUGCUGGAGGCCUCCGAACAGGACAAUGUCCUCAAGUCAAAGCAGGCACUUCAUGCCCUGAGUGCCCUGGAGUGCUACAAGCGGGGUGAGGAUGGCUUGGUUCCCGCUUUGCGACGCAGCUCGGGAUUGGAGCAAAAGCUGGCAGGACGCGAUAAGCAACUAAGGAGCUACAUCCAGGAGUUGAACUCCCUGCACGAGGUGGUCCAGGAAAACGAGCUGUUGCGAGGUCAACUGAAGAUACCCAAGGAUGUGGUUAUCCAGGCCAAAAAUGUGCAUUCCAAACAGCGCAACAAGGACAAACAGAUCGAGCGGUUGAGCCUCAAAUUGCGAACUUCCGAGGAACUGCGUCUGCAACUGAAGCUGGACAAGAGUGAACUGAGGCGAAAGCUCUUGGAACUGCAACAGGAUCAGCCACAGCGCCUGGAUGAAUCCUUGCAGGCGCCCAGCGAAGUGGGUGAAGUUCCCGCCAGUGUCAAUGUUCCCCUCGAGAAUUCCCCACGACGUGGUCAAGGCGAUGGAGCAGCCAGCUCCGAGAUGCAGAACCGUUACGAUGAAGUCCUGGCUGAAAACGAGAUCCUACGCUCUGGAAUGUACGAGAUCCUGGAGAAGUUGCGGGAGUACGAUGCCACUUCAGAGCACAUAACGAUCGAUUCCGAGCUACUGCGUCGACUAAUCGAAGCUCUUCCCAGUGGCACCUCCACUCCGCAGCGUCUCCAGGGUCAACUUGAGGAACUGAAGGCCCGUGAGGAGGCACUGCGUCAGUUGCUGCAGCAGCAGAACUACAGCGACUCGGAAACGGGUGAGCUGUCCUCUGUCCAAAGCCUUUGCGAUGUCCCCGAGAUGCCAGAGGAACAGCCCGAUGAGGAGAAUCCUUGUAUUAAUACAGCCACAAGGCCGAGUUCUCCAACCGAAGCCACAGAGGGACUACAAAGACCCGUCAUUACGGAUCCCCAAUCAGAACCCAGAUCCGAGAAUCUCGCAGAGCUCUCCAUUCUCCGGAAGCAUUACGAGGAACUGCGUCUUCACAUGUCCGCCGAUGGCAGUGAACUAUUGAAUCAAAAUCAACAGCUUCACGAUAAAUUAAUAAGUUUGGAGUUGCAACUGGAAAAGCAGGGGAAUUCCUAUAGUUAUAUGCGAAGGGAUUACGAUCAACUGCUCACAGAGUCUAGAAAACAGGAGCUUAGUUUCAUAGAUGAAAAGGCAUCUUUGGCCAGAAAUAUAGAGCAGCAAAAGGAUGAACUAUUGGUCACCAGAAACCAAUUGCAGGAACUAAGAAGUGGUAAUUUAUACACCGCUGAGGAGCAGCAAAAACUGGAGCAACGUAAUGCCAUUCUGAGUAUGCAACUUGGUCAGGCGGUGGAACAAAUGCUGGGAGAACUAAAGCCCUCGGAGAUAUGUGCUGAGUAUGGCAUAAUCAAGGAGAACUAUCAGUUGGAUUACAUCACAGUCGAGGACUUUGAGAAGCAGCAACACGAGUUGGCCAACUGGCGGAGUAAAGAGGAGGAACUGCAGAGGGAAACCAAACAGUUGGAGGGACUCCUUCAAGUGGCCAAUGGACAGAUUCACUCCCAGCAAAGGUUACUCAAUGAGAUCACUGACAACCACAUUAACCUGCGACAUUUGGUGGCUGAUCUACAGAGUAGUUCCGAUGAGAAACUAAUGUUGGCCAAGGUGCAGAGGGAUUUGGACAGUGUCAAAACUGAGUGCUCCCGCUUGGAAACAGAGCGAGAGCAACUGCAGCAGAAGGCGGACUCUUUGCAAAGCCAACUGGUGGCCAGCGAGUCAUCCUUGCAACAAGUCCAUCAGGACUUCCAACAAGAGCGCACCAACAGCGAAAUAAAGCACAAAUUUCUCCAGCAUUCCUUGUUUAUGCUCAAAGAUAAAUAUGCCAAAUUUACGCCACUGGUCUUCCUUACCAAUUUUGUGUUCGCCUAUCAAAAGUUCCAACGCAGAUUGGAAGAGGAGCAAGUGCAGCAGCGGCUAGGAGAUCACACUGCCCUGAUCGAUGAAGUAACCGCAGUGGUGCAGGCCAAGAUUGCGCCCAAAGAGGAGAGUUCCCAGCAGCUGGUGAAGCUUAUUAGGUCUGAAACCCAGUCGCGACUCUUGGAACAGCGUUGUGAGGUCCUUCAGACCAAACAGGAGGAGCUCCUCAGGGAACUGGGUGAAUUGAGGCUACGACAAGCCACCGACACCGAACACUGGAGUACCAUUCAGGCUUUGUUUGGCGAUGGAGUUAUCCAAACCCAAUCCAAGGUGGAUGUGGAGACCAACACGGAUGCAGUGACUCCUAUUCCGGCCAUGCGAAGAGCCGCCCAAUUGAUAGACAGGCAAUCCUCGCCCAUUGGUUCUCCUCUUAGAAGACAUCCACUAUUGGAUAACGCCACUCAAACGAAUCAGGAUGCAGUGAAGCUCUCGGAGACGGCAGUCCAGACAAAUGGCAUUCUCAGCCAGCAGAAUCAAUCCGUUCAGACUGCAGAUGUCCAAGUGGAGGACAAGGAGACCAGGAGAGAUUCCCAAAUGGAGCUGCAGAAAAUGCAGGAAACCCUUCAGGAGGCCAACCAACGCAUUGAGGUCCUUGGCAAACAAUUGGAGGCUUCCAGAUCGGAGAGUCGCGAAUCCGAGAGUCCCCACAGUGGAGUGGUGGAAAAGACCAUACUCUCCUUCCACACUCUACUCCUCGAGAAGGAUCAGUCCAUACAGAAGUACCAGGAUCUCCUGCAGACAGAGAGGGAUCAAAGUCAACUGACCAUCAGUAAACAGGUGGCUGAAAACGAAUCCCUCAGGGCCACUGUGAAUAACUUGAACUUCAAUAUCAAGACCAAGGAUGCGGAGAUUCAGGAGCUCAAAGGGAAAUUGGAACACAAACCCAAGGCGGUUUUAGAGCGUACUCCAACCACAGAUUCCACCUCCAGUGCCGAGAACUCGGUUAAUGAACUCACGGAUGAGAAGAUCGAGGAACUAUUUGAGAGCAGCUCGGUGGUGGAGAGACCCCAAGAAGAGGUGGAAGUACAUCAAGAAGAUCCAGUAACCGAGGAACCAGAAGGAGAAGAAGAAAAGCAGGACACCGAAGAGCUCAAGGAAGUGCCCACUCUUCACAAACAAGUCAGGGAACUGAAGGACAAACUGGAGUACACUGAGAAGAACCUGAAAACGAGGGAGGAGGAAGUGGAAAUACUGAAGGACAAACUAAAACUCAGCCAGGAGCGUGAAAAAACCGUGGAGAGCAAUGUGAGUCCCGAACUGGAUCAGCUACGCACCUUUUUGGAUGAGAAAGAUAAGCAUAUCAAGGAUUUGAUGGAUACUCUCAAGAACUUCCAUGACGACCAGCAGCGCUUUAUUAAAGACACUUCCAAUUUCUCGGAGGAUCAGAUAGCCAAGCUGGCAGCCGAUCUCAAUCGCACAGAGGCCACCAACAAGAUCUACCACACCCAAAUGGAGGCACUGCGUCGCCAGUUGGCCAAUGUCACAACGCGGGAGAAACAGGCCCGAGAUCUGAGUCAAUCGCUACGCCAGCAGUUACUUAAACGUCCGGUGGUUUCCAUUAAGACGGAGCUGAAUGCCCGGGUGAAGAACGAGAAUCAGCAGAAGCGCAUCCAGCAGCUGGAGACGGAUCUGGAUGAGGCACGUGGCCAGCUGCAGCGACAGCAGACCCUUCUGGAGGCCAAGCGAACGCGGAGUGCCAACGAAGUGCAGCUCUGGGAGAAGCAGAAGCGGUAUCAGCAGCAGGCGGAGAAGACCAAGGCCAGAUUGGAGGAGACGGAGUUGGCCCUGGACAAGACCAGAGCCCUCCUCCAAGCGGCACGCACCACCAUUGCCCGGUUGGAGAAGGACAAGCAAAUACUCGAGUCUAAGCUGGGCAGGAAUGGGCCAGUUAGUAGUGGCUCCACCAAUAACCUCAAAUGCUGCCGCACUCCAUCCUGCCCGAAUCUCCAGCUCGUGGGUGUCAAUAAGUUCACGCCAUCGCCUUCGGAGAGUCCGGAAACGUACACGGGUCCGAGUAGCGAGUGCAGUUCUCCGGCUCAUCAUCCCCAGCCGCAGGACGGCCAUCGUGGCCACUUCUUCGACCAGAGCCAGGCGGAUCUCAUAGAGGCCCUCAAGUCGCGCAUUGAGUUGCAGCAGCGCAAGAUCAUCGCCAUGGAACUGGAGGGCAGGGGCAGCAAUGCCUUGACCACGGAGCUCGAGAAGUUGCAGGAACGCUGUCAGGCCAUCGAGGCGCAGAACAUCCGACUGGAGGCCAGGAAUCUCCAGCUGCAACUGGACUCGGAUCUACUGAGGCAGGGAGACAGCAGCGAUCGGUUGCAGAAGAGGAUCAAGCACUUGGAGGACUACAUCCUGGCCCUCAAGGAAGAGAUGGCUCGCAACGAAUCCCGUCGAGAGUUGUGCAAGUGCAGUGGCCUAAAAGUGAACACGAAUCAGGGUCAGUCGGCGGAACAAACGAUCCUAUCGCUGCGCAAUCUCGUGGAGAAACUGCGCUCGGAGAAUAAGUUCUUGAAGGAUGGCCGACGAUCCACGGAGUCCAGAAGCUCCACGGAUUCCACGCCAGCGGAGGCAACGCGAUUGCAGCAGCAGAAUGCAGAGGCGCUGGAGAAGAUUACGGCUCUGCAACAGGAGCUACAGAAGCGAACAAAGUGCAGCCAAUGCGGUGGACGCAGUAAGGACGCCGCCAACGAGGAGCUGAAGUUCAUCAAAGAGCAGCUGGUGAAGAAGACGCAACUCCUGCAAAAGGCGAAGGUUCUGUUGACUCGUGCUGCCGCCAAGGAAAAAGUUCUGAGGGAACAACUGGCCUUGUGGAAGCGAAAGUGCUCCGAGCUGCAGAACGUGCCCGUGAUCGAUGAAAUUAGCGAAUAACCAUUUUUGUAUCAUAAGAUGAAUGUUGUACAGCGAAACAAAAAUAAAACUAA